AUAUUUUUACUUAUGCAGUGGAGUUGCUGAGUGGAGUAAUCCAAGAUGACCUGACCGUAUUUUGGCUGAGUGGGGAGAGGAAACGAUGGAAGUGGAGUGAAGAAAUCUCUUUUAUGUAGAAUUUUGCUUCCCUUUUUGAAGAAUCGCAGUGCGUCAGCGGGAAGAAGAGACUAUGAGCGGUGCACCUGCAGACCCUCAUCAGACCGAGCGCCAAAACCUGUUGGACAGACUUCUGGAUGGAGUCAAACAGUGUCAGAUCAGGUUUGGUGGCAGGACAGAGCUGGCCACAGACGGUGACAGCAGGGUUGUGUGCUUGUUGAACCAGUUUGAAACAGUGCUUCAACAUGGGAUGAAGAGAGCCAAGGGACUAGCAGCAAUCAAACAGGUAACACAACAAGUGACAGGUAUCAACAUGAAAGGUGAAACAGAACCAGUGUUCUGGCAAUGUCUGAGAGAACAUCUGAACAAACACGAGCUACAGCGGUACCUGAUGUUACAGCAGGUUACCACGGACGCAGGGCGGGGCAGGGCAUGGCUCAGGUCAGCCCUGAAUGAACACUCGCUGGAGAGAUACCUGCAUUCCUUACUGGGAGACACUAAUCUACUCAGACAACACUAUGAUGACUGGGCCUUUGUCCUUGAUGAUGAGAGAUCCAGCAUGCUCCCUAAUAUGGCAGCAGGUCUGGGUUCUAUACUGUUUGCCAUCAAUAUAGACAAGUCAGAACUGAACACAGUAAAGCAGGCCUCUGCCACCUCCCUACUGGAGCCCCUGGCCACCAUGGUGGGGAAUGUCACCAGCGGAGUCAGCAGUCAGAAACCUGGGGACGAACCACAGCCUGUGUAUGCAUUAGAUGUGCCCAGUGGAGACACAUCAUCCAGCAAAGACAAAAAGAAAGACAAGAAGAAGAAGAAAAAGAAAGUGGCCACCAUUAUUGACAGUGACUCUCCUCCAAGCCCCUUCUAUGCUUCCAAGUCUCAUUCAACAUCUGAAGGCUCAGGAGCUUUCAAAGAGCCAAGCCUUGACUAUGGAACCGGGUCCCCACCUAUAGCAAUCACACAAUCUGAUAAUCAACAUCUAGCAAGGAGCUAUCCUAGUGACAGCCCCGACCUAUCUUAUUUGUCUUCUUCCUUCCCUACAAAGACUCCUCCCCCUACUCCAUAUGAUUCAGCAAUGUUGACCUACCAAAGUCAACUUCUAGAUGGCUCGGACUACAUGAACGCUAGACUGAACGCGAUGUCGAUGGAGCAAGGGGAGGAUGAAGGGAUGACCGCCGGGGCACCGCAAACCCUCUCCACGUCCUUCCCAGUCAAGACCCCGCCUCCUACGCCGUACGAUUCAUCAAUGAUGAAGUACCAGCAUGCCCUGGAAGAGGAGACGGAUUACAUUAGCAAGAAGCUGAAGGAAGUUUCCUCCCAAGAAAUGUCGGAGAGUCCGUCAGCACCGAGGUGGUCCUUCAGUACGGGGGGCUCCAAGGAUCUGGGAGACUCCCAGUCUUACGAUGAGGACAGCAUGGGGGAGGAUAUCAGGAGGUCGUCUGAUAAUGGUUCUGGUAAUCUCAUGUUGUACGGUGAAGAGAGGACGGGUGAGGCUACAGAUCUGUUUCCUGUGACUGUGGAAGACGACUUUACCACAUCCUCAGAGACAAUGUCAGAGUCCCACACCAGGCCAGAGUCGUUUCCCCGAUCGGAUUCCCUCCCACACUAUGGAGCAGACAUGGAGAGUGCAGCCAUGGCAGUGGCACUGGCACAACAAGGCCUGGACAUCAGACUUCCAUCUUCAGCACACCUGCCUACACACAUCCACACCAGUUCAGUGAGAACACAAGGAGAUGGCAGUGUUGCUACGUUACCAGCAUCGCCUAGACAUGAAACCAUGUCAACAAGUGAGUUGAAGCAAGCUGUCGUGGCCAUGAUGUUAAGAAAAGACGAAGUAGAGGAACAAAACAGGUCCAUGAGGAGUUUGCUUGAUGCAGAAAUGGAGAACUCAGCAAGGUUAAGAGUGGAAACAGAGGAACUAAAGAAGAAGCACAGUUUGCAACAGGAGAGAAGCACAACCAAGAUACAAGCUCUAACCAGAGAGAAUGAAGUCCUGAAGCAUCAGCUAAAGAAGUACGUAGGGGCUGUACAGAUGCUGAAGAGGAAAGGGGCACAAGGAACUGAGAUUCUAGCAGGACUAGUGAAGGUCCAGGAGGAUGAACAGCCGCCCCCCCCUCCCCCUCCUCCUGAGGGAACUGUAGACUACAGUGAGGAGGCUGCACAGUACAAGGAGAAACUCAUCCAGGUGGCAGAGAUGCAUGGUGAACUGAUGCAGUUUAAUGAACAUCUCCACAUGGACCUGCUGUCCAAGGACAACCUCAUCCAGCGGCUGAAGGAGGAACUAGUGGAGCUCAGGGGACCUCUACCUGAAGACAGUGUUACAGAGGAGACCAGUGGGACUGAUGCUGACUUGAGUCUGGUUACCCGAGCCCUGGUUAACAUCUGGAUCCCUUCAGUCUUCCUGCGUGGCAAGGCUUCAGACACUCACCAUGUUUACCAGGUGUACAUCAGAAUAAGAGACGAAGAGUGGAACAUCUACAGGAGAUAUGCUCAGUUCUAUGAGCUCCACUCUCAGAUGAAGAAGAAGUUUCCCUCUGUGGCAUCACUGGGCUUCCCUCCCAAAAAGGCCAUAGGAAACAAGGACUCCAAGUUUGUAGAAGACCGUCGCAAGAGACUGCAAAACUACCUACGCCACAUGAUGAACAUCGUGGUACAGAACACCCAGGGUCUGGUGGCAGGGGCAGGCAGGGAGAGGCUGGUGGCUGUCCUGCCCUUCUUUGGUGACCCGUACCCACCCAUAGCUAGUAAGCCAUCCCGGUCGGGACCAUUCGGUCGCAGGAAGAGCAAACAAGAAGCACCAGCACAACAAAAACAAAAACAACAACAACAAGGCCAUCAGUCCUAUAUGGGGCUGUGAUUUACUCAGGCUUCAAUUGUGUUUAGAUAGUCCAGAAAAGCCAAGUGCACAGAACUUGAUAAAUGUGCAUUGUAAACUUUGUACUUGUAUUGUAUUAUUGUUGACAGCGAUAGAAAGUGCGAUGAAAAUAUCAUCGACUUUAAUGCCAAAUUGUUUUUCCAUCAUUGGGAAUGUUGCACUGAGAGGGGCAUGCAAACAUUAUACAAUAUAUAUGUAAUGGCAGUUUUAACUCUGACAUACCUAGUAUAGCAAAACACCAAUUGUAAAGAUUGGUAGGCUUACCAAAACACCAAAUGUCUUUGAUUUAAUGUUGUCAAUGCACUUCUAAUGAUGAAGAGAAUUCUAUAGACUGUACUUAAUUGAUGUUGCUAUGAUUGUACAAUUUUUAUUUGAAAGUGCAGUCCAUUGAAAUGCUACAUGUAUGUCCUUUGCUUGGUAGGAACUAAGUCAGGAAUCUUCUCAAUGCAAGGCACCAAAGAAUUUUAGCAUUUUGAAGUUUUGCUUUUACUCAUUUGUAAGUUUUGAAGGUUUGAUAAUAUUUAACAUAAAUGAUUUAAUAAUGUUUCAUGGCUGUAUGUAUCAGUAUGGCACUAUUAUAAAAAAAUUAUAAGGGAAAGUUACAAAAGCCACAUAAUUGAAAAAAAUGCAUUUUGUACAAAAAAAGGACCCAAUGAGUUGAAGUCAUACUCCAGAAAUUAUAAAAAGUUGUUGAAAAAGGAAAGGCUUUUUUUGGAGCAAGAGCAUAAUUGUUGAUGCGUAUUAUGAAUCAUGUAUUUCCUAAGCUAAUUCUAUACAUGUAUGCCAGCUUAUGAUGAAUUUCCUUACACAAAGGUCAAUGACAUUAUGCUAUUUGUUGUACAAAUGUAACAACAAUGAAAGCAGCUCACAAAUAAUGGGAGAAUAGGGUUUAUUACAUUUGCUCAGUAAUAAUCAUAGGAAAUGCAACAAUGCUUAACACAUGUUGCAUGUGCAUGUAGAGUUGGAUCACGGGAACAAAUACAAUUUGCUAUUUAUUUAUGCAAACCACGACAUUAACUUUGUCAACUGAGAAGUAUAUAUAGUUUGCAGUACAUUCAAACAGCAAUAUUUUUAUCAUAUACUGUAUGUCUGGUACUAUGUAAGAUGUAGAGCAUCAACUUUUCCUGACUUGACUGUAAUUUUUGCCAGAUUCUUACCAAACUGUUGCACUCACUCUUGAGUGGUACCAUUGCCUUCCUGUAACAUGAACGGUUGCAUAUUAUAAUGUUGACAAAUUUCACUUAACAUUGCCAUAUAUAUGUCAUGUACCUUGCCAGUGUCCAUGGUGGGCAUUGUUACACACAGUGUUGUCAGUCUUCCUACUGUAUCAAAUCUACCAACCAGAUAAAUAAAAUCUUUCAUGGAUUUCA